GACAUUUUUCAAUUAGAAUUUUUUUGUGUGUCUAAUUAGGAAAAAAGUUGCAGUUGUUAAAAAAUAAAUACGAAGACAUUUCAACCCUUUUGCCACGUUAAUUAUUAAAUUUAAUUAAUAAAACUCGUUGUUUUAUUCAGAGACCAACAUAAAGCAAAAAUGAAAAUCUAUACAAACGAGGGCAAUCCCCUUGGCCUGAAAUUACAAAUCUUGGCCAAAUUUGCAAAACGUGAGGUGUCUGUAGAAAAAGUUAACCUAAAUGAUAUUAAAUCUAAAGACUUAUUGGUUUUACCAACUUUAGAAUUGGAAAGUGGUCUAAGACUAUUUUCGACAGAUGCGGUGGCUAAAUAUUUAUUUCCCAAUGAGGGACAAUUAAGGGAUGAGUGGCUUGAAUGGUCUUCUACUUUAUUGGCUCCUGCAUUGGUGCAUCACAUGGGUCAUGGCCAUCGUGCUAAUCCAAAUGCUCUUCCCGUACUUAAUGCCUUGGUUAAGAAGCUAGAAGAUAAUUUAUCCAAAACUCCAUUUUUAGCUGGUGAUAAAUUGACAGCAGCUGAUCUUUCAGUUUGGUCUUUGCUGGCACCCGAUGGCACAUUGAAAGGAGCUCAGCAAAUUGAACAUCUUCUCGUGUGGUAUCGUAAAAUUAGCGCCAUGCCUGAAAUUAAAUCAGUAUUGCAAACACAACCAUUAAAAGAUUUAACUUUUAAUGCUUUACAAAAUUCUAAUCUUUACGGAGGUCUCUAUCAUGUUCCUCUCAAAAUGCCUGCAUCAUUAUCCGAAGCUGGCAAUCUAUUGGCUGAUACUGGUUCUACAUUGGCUGAUACCAUUACUGACGAAGAACUUAACUUGGCCAGCACUAACUUUGUAUAUGUUCCCAUGGCAGAGCGUAAGGAACCACGUACAGUUCUUCCGAAAGCUGGUGAGCGUAAUGUGCUGGUCACCUCUGCUCUCCCCUAUGUCAAUAAUGUACCACAUUUGGGCAACAUUAUUGGUUGUGUAUUAUCCGCUGAUAUUUUUGCAAGAUACUCACGUGCAGCUGGCUACAACACUCUCUAUAUAUCGGGUACUGAUGAGUAUGGUACAGCUACUGAAAAUAAAGCACUUGCUGAAAAUCUCACGCCUCGUGAAAUUUGUGACAAAUACUUUGAACUACACAAUGCGAUUUAUCGUUGGUUUGGCAUUGGUUUCGAUUACUUUGGUCGCACUACAACUCAAGAACAAACAGAAAUUGUACAAGAAGCCUUUAAAAAUGUCUACGAUAAUGGUUAUAUCUUAACUGAAAGUGUUGAACAGUUAUUGUGUCAGAAGUGUGAUCGUUUCUUGGCCGAUCGUUUUGUUGAGGGUACUUGUCCCCAUCCUGGAUGUGGCUACGAGGACGCUCGUGGUGAUCAAUGUGACAAGUGUGGCAAGCUGGUUAAUGCUACCGAUCUUAUACGUCCCCGCUGUAAAGUGUGCAACACAGCACCAGUUGUCAGAUCCUCCGACCAAUUGUUCCUUGACUUACCGAAAAUCGAAAACAAACUGCGUGAAUGGGUUGAUCAUUCUGAAAAUGGUUGGACGAAUAAUGCUCGUGUUAUAACACGUGCUUGGUUACGUGAGGGCUUGAAGCCUCGUUGUAUUACACGUGAUCUGAAAUGGGGUAUUCCCGUUCCUCACAAAGGUUUUGAAAACAAAGUAUUUUAUGUUUGGUUCGAUGCACCAUUCGGCUAUGUUUCUAUGACCAAACGUUACUCCAAGGAAUUCAAACAAUGGUGGCAACCCGAAAAGGGUGUGGACGUUGAACUCUUCCAAUUUAUGGCUAAAGAUAAUGUACCCUUCCAUUCGGUUGUUUGGCCUAGUGCUUUGUUGGCUAUCAACAAGGGCAACACUUUGGUAUCUCACAUCAUGGCAACUGAGUAUUUGAAUUAUGAAGACGGCAAAUUCAGUAAAAGUCGAGGUAUUGGUGUCUUCGGUAACGAUGCUCAGGACACUGGAAUUCCCGCUGAUGUUUGGCGUUUCUAUUUGGCUUCAGCCCGUCCAGAAGGUCAGGAUUCUAGCUUCAGUUGGAAUGAUUUGGCAGCCCGUAAUAAUUCUGAGUUACUUAACAAUUUGGGCAACUUUGUAAAUCGUGCCUUAGUCUUCUGUGAAAAGAACUUUAAUGGUGUUGUACCCGCCAUGAAUCUUACCAAUGACGAGCAUGUUUUGCUGGCUCUAAUUAAUCGUGAGUUACGCGGUUAUGUCAACUGCUUGGAGAAAGCCCGCUUACGUGAUGGCAUCAGACACAUGCUUUCGAUCUCUCGUCACGGCAACGGUUACAUGCAAGCACAACAACCCUGGGUUUUACUUAAAGGUAACGAACAACAAAAGUCUAGAGCUGCUACAAUUAUUGGUUUGUGCUGUAAUAUUGCUUGCCUUUUGGCAAAUCUUAUCUUCCCCUAUAUGCCAACAACGGCAAGGACUAUGUUCGAGCAAUUGAAUGCUAAGCAGUCACAAUUGAAUGUUGAAAAACCAUUUACCUCAAUUUUGUUGCCAUCCGGCCAUAAGAUUGGCAAACCAGCACCACUGUUCGCUAAAUUGGAACAAAGUUUCAUUGACGAAAUGAAAAAGAAGUAUGCUGGUCCUCAGGUCUUUGGUUCCUCCGAUGCACAGGCCAGCUCUGCAAACAUUGCUGAUUUGGAAAAGGCUAUACAGGAACAAGGUGAUAAAGUUAGACAACUUAAAGCGUCCACAAAAGAUAAAGCGGUAUGGCAACCAGAAGUAAAUAAACUUUUAGAUUUGAAGAAACAACUAACGGAGGCUCAAAGUAAGCAGUCAGCAGAAACUAAACAAAAUGGUGCUGCACCCAAAAGUCUAAAAGAUCUUGAAGCUGCCAUACAGGCACAGGGUGAUAAAGUACGUCAACUGAAAGCGUCCACAAAAGACAAAGCUGUUUGGCAACCCGAAGUUAAUAAGCUUUUAGAUUUGAAAAAGCAAUUAGCUGAAGCUCAAGCCUCUAUCACUUGUGCUGCUACAACCACCACUUCAUCACCUGCCUCGGUUGAUCCCAAAAAGGUAAAGGAAGUAGAAGAGAAGAUUGCCAAACAAGCUGAAAAAGUACGCACUUUAAAAGCUUCUGCUGAUGCUUCCGUUUGGAAGCCAGAAGUUGAGAUUCUUUUGGCUCUUAAAAAGGAAUUAACCACUUUAACUGGUGCUCCCGAACCCAAUGCUCAGGGCAAAAAUAAAAAGAAGAAGUAAUUUCUUAAGUCUUUAAAGUUUAGUCACAUUUUUUGUAUUUGCCUACUUUAUACUAAUCAUAUUGCAUACAUUUUAAAAUUAAUCUUGUGUUUGUGUUCUUUUUAUUCUUAAAUAAUUUUUGCAUUCUCAAUUUAAUGAUAUAUCUUGUUUAAUAUUUUUAUAAUUUUUCUUGAUUGCAUUUGAUCAUAAUUUUGUAUUUUACUUUACAAAUAUUUAAUUUAUUUAUUAA